GGAUCGCGCUGACUUAAGGCACUGCGUCCUCCAGCUUCAGGGACCCGACGGUUUCCGUGCGUCCAGGACCCAUGCAACCCUGAAUGAGGAGGAAUGGAGGUCGCCUCUCUCUGCUUGGAUCCAUAAGCUGCCUGGAAGUGGUUUUGGCAUCAAGAAAGGGAGUUCAGGCACAUUCCAGCAUCAGAGCCACAGAAUGGCAGCCACUGAUUUGCCGGAAGGUCCUCUCCACCCAGAACCAAUCUGCUUUUAUGAAGAUGAGACAAAGGUAGAGAGUGUGGUGGCUGACUCCCAGGCAGAUUGUUACAAGGUCUCGGUGACCUUUGAUGACGUGGCUCUGGAGUUCACCCAAGAGGAGUGGACCUUACUGGACAUAACUCAGAGAAACCUAUACAGAGAAGUAAUGCUAGAAAACUAUGAGAACCUGUCUUCAGUGGGAUACCAGUUCUUCAUCCCUAGUCUGAUCUCCUGGUUGAAACAAGAAGAACUAAACACAGCAGAAACUGGAGUUCUUCAUCCUUUAGAAUUGGAGCUACAACAAAUAACCAAAGGAUCAGAAUUUGAGGAUUAUUUUAGGGAAGAAACUCCCAAAGAGAUGGAAAUGGUGGGAAACCACAAUGGAGAGAAGUUCUAUGAAUAUAAGCCAUAUGGAGAAGUCUUUGGUGAACAGCUUUUCCUUAAUACACACAUGAACACACAAAGCCAAGAAUAUACUUCUGGGUAUAUUUGGUAUGGAGAAGACAUCCUUACUCUGCAUCAGAAAACCUCUACUGGACAGAACUUUUCUGAGAUUGAUCAGUAUAGAAACAUCUUCAACCUAACACCAAAUAUUUCAUAUCAGACAACGUGCAUGAGAGACAAACCCUUCGAGUGCAGGGAUUGUGGGAAUGCCUUUUUCAAUCCAUCAUACCUUCAGAUGGACAUGAGAACUCAUAAUGAAGGAGACCCUUAUGAAUGGAAGAAGUAUGAGAGUGAAUAUAUUCAUCCCACGAGCCUUGCUGUACAUCUUCAAAUUUUCAAUGGAAGAAAUCCCUACAAAAUGGAGGAAUUUGGAAAAAGCUUUCAGUAUUUUCCAUGCCUUACUAAUCCCAUGGAAACCCACACUGAACAAACACUCUGUGAAUGCAAGGAAUGUUGGAGAGCAUUCACAGUUUCCUCUCACCUAAAUCAAUAUGUAACAGUUCAUUCUAAAGAGAAAAACAAAAAAUGUAAGGAAUGUGGGAAAUGCUUUGCUACUUUUUCUCAGCUAUCUGCACAUAUAAAAACUCAUAGUGAUGAAAAGCCUUUUCAGUGUAAGGAGUGUGGAAAGUGCUUUAAAAAUAACACAUACCUUAAUGAUCACAUGAGAAUUCACACUGGAAUAAAAUCAUACAAAUGUGUGGAAUGUGGGAAAGCCUUCCUGAGGUGGUCAGGCCUGACUGAACACUUGCGAGUUCACACUGGAGAGAAGCCUUACGAAUGUAAGGAAUGUGGGAAAGCCUUCUCAAGAUCCACUCAGCUUACUGAACAUAUAAGAACACACACUGGAGUCAAACCCUAUGAAUGUAAGGACUGUGGGAAAGCCUUCACUCAGUACUCAGGCCUUGCUACCCAUGUACGCAUUCACAGUGGUGAGAAGCCCUUUCAGUGUAAGCAGUGUGGGAAAGCCUUCACUAGGACCUCAGGCCUUAUUCACCAUGUGAGAACACACACAGGCGAGAAGCCUUUUGAAUGUGUUCAUUGUGGGAAAACCUUUAUUACUUCUUCCCACCGUACUAAACAUUUAAAAAUUCACAGUGGGGAAAAGCCCUUUGUGUGUAAUAUCUGUGGGAAGGCAUUUGUAUAUUCCACAUCGCUUAACAUUCACAUGCGAACACAUACUGGAGAGAAACCUUACAUCUGUAAGGAAUGUGGGAAAGCAUUUGCUGUUUCCUCACGCUUAAGCAAACAUGCAAGAGUUCACCAUGGGGAGAAGGCCUAUAAAUGUGAGGGGAUCAGUGUUGCUAUUUAGCCCCUCUGUUUCCACCCUUAAAUAUUGACAAUGACACCAAAGAUCAUCAGACUAGUUUUAACUGAUUUGUGUGAGUUGUAAUGGCUUCCACUGGCAUAGAUGGCAUCCUAAUAAUAUUAAAUACAAUAUGUACGUCCCCUGUCGAACUUUUGUAGUGCUGGAGAUUGACCCUAGUGCCUCAUGCAUACUAGGUAAGUGAUCUACCAUUGAUUUAUGUUGCUGACCCCUCAACCUGGUUCACACAUUAGCUGAGUCUGAGCUCUCAGGGGUCAUAGGUGAGGUCACUACUGCACAUUGGCCUCAAUUGGUGCUUGGAUCCCUAAUGAAAAUAGCAUUAAUAAAAGCUAUGCAUGGGUGUCCAACCUUUUGGCUUACUUGGGCCACAUAUAAUAUAGUUAAUGUAUAUAAGUAACAAGAGUUCCUUUAUUUUUUUAUAUUUUGUAUGAUAUUAAAACAACACUGCAGGCUGCAGGCUGGACAUACCUGUAUAAGACAAUUGAAUAGAUUUGGCCCUACUCAUUGUUGGUUAGUGGCUGCCAGUGUGACUCCUCACAUUAGAGUUCUCCAGAAGUCAAGUUAAUAUAGGUCCAGAUGAACUGUUGAAAGACAUCCUUCCAGGUGUGUCCCCAACCUCAACUUACUGUGCUGAAUGUGCCAAGAAGAAAAUGGUUCCUACCUGUUCUUAAUGGUUAGUCCACAUUUGCAGCCAAUUAUACCUAUGCUUUCUUAUAAAUCUAGUAGGUCCACCUUCUCUUGCCUUCUGGGUCUGUUUUAGGUAAAAGAGGCAAUUUUUGUGUUAGUAUAAGCUAGUCUAUUCCUUACUUCUGUUCAGAUUGGUGAUAUGCCACCUGUGGGUCCCAAAUAUGAUCUUUUUAUGAAUCAUAGUUCAGCUCACAGUUUUAGUAUUUUCUUUAGUCCAGGCUUUCUCAGCUUUUGCAAUAUGGAUUGGCUGAGAAUUUUCCAAAUUUCCAGUUCUGUUUCCUUUUAACUUAAGAGUUCCAUGAUGGAUUGAGCUCUCCCCUUAGGUAUUUUAUUAAAAGUCAGGUGGAACCAAGCUGUUCCUUCAGCAGUUGAAUUGCAAACCUCAAAUAAAUUUCUAAUUUUAUUAUUUUAUUGUAUUUUUUUGGUACUGGGAAUUGAACCCAUGACCUCGUGCUUACCAGGCAGGCACUGUGCCGCUGAGCUAUAUCCACGGCCCUAAAUUUCUAAUUUUACUUUGCUCAAGUUCUACUUGUUAUAAAUUAUUACACUGUAACUAUUCUGCCAGAUUUUUGAUUGCCAUCAGACUGUGUUUUUUAGUGGUGCUAGCAAUUUAACUAACCCAUGCUGGGCAA